GAGAUCGAUCGAUCAUUCCACGGCGAAGGGUUUGAGUCGCGCGGCAGCGAGAGAAAGGAGAGAAAGCGGGGAAGGGAAGAGGAGAAGGGGGAGGAUAUGCAGGGGAUGGAGAGACUGCAUCGGAUCUUCUCGGGUGCCGGCGGUAUGGGCCACCCGCCUCCCGAUUCCCCUCAGCUCGACUCCGCCGAGCAGGUCUACAUCUCUUCCCUCGCCCUCCUCAAGAUGCUCAAGCACGGGAGGGCCGGAGUGCCUAUGGAGGUGAUGGGGCUCAUGCUGGGGGAGUUCGUGGACGAGUACACCGUCCGGGUCGUCGACGUCUUCGCGAUGCCUCAGAGCGGGACGGGCGUCAGCGUGGAGGCCGUCGAUCACGUCUUCCAGACCAACAUGCUUGACAUGCUCAAGCAGACAGGAAGACCUGAAAUGGUUGUCGGAUGGUACCAUUCUCACCCAGGCUUUGGUUGUUGGCUUUCUGGUGUUGACAUAAACACGCAGCAGAGUUUUGAAGCCCUGAAUCCGAGGGCAAUUGCUGUUGUAGUAGACCCGAUCCAGAGCGUAAAGGGUAAGGUGGUCAUUGAUGCUUUCCGCUUGAUUAACCCCCAGACUAUGAUGCUUGGCCAGGAGCCUCGUCAAACAACAUCCAAUGUUGGGCAUCUCAACAAACCAUCCAUUCAGGCAUUGAUCCAUGGGUUGAACCGGCAUUACUAUUCUAUAGCCAUAAAUUACCGGAAGAAUGAGCUCGAGGAGAAGAUGUUGCUGAACCUUCACAAAAAGAAAUGGACGGAUGGAUUGAUACUUCGCCCAUUUGACACCCAUUCGAAAACCAAUGAGCAGACCGUCCAGGAAAUGUUGGAUUUGGCUAUCAAAUAUAACAAAGCAGUCCAGGAGGAGGAUGAGCUUCCACCUGAAAAGUUGGCUAUUGUAAAUGUGGGAAGGCAAGAUGCGAAAAAGCAUCUGGAAGAGCAUGUCUCUAACUUGAUGUCAUCAAACAUAAUUCAGACUCUGGGUACUAUGUUGGACACCGUCGUGUUUUGAUAGCGGUUUCGAGUUGAGGACUUGUUUUGCUUUCAACUCAGCAAAAUCAUUUAUCAUUCCGGUUCCCUUUUGUUGCCAAGGAAAACGUUUGUUGUCGAUGCCUAGUGUUUCAAUGGAACAUCAGGGCCUGUACUAGCAAGUAGUCUAAUUGUAGUCCUCGACCAACUACGUUGCAGUGGUUAUAUUAUUAGCACAAUGUACUACUGGUUGGGUUUUUUGGGUACUAUUUUGCCCCUUUCUAAGUGACCAUCAUAAACUAUUUUUUUGGCAGUAUCAUGAUGCCUUCUUUA